AUGACAUGUAAUAAUGCUGUGGUCUUUCCGCCAGCCGAUGGUAACCCCGCUGGGACUGCGGAUAGGAAUUUUGCUAUUAGGUUCCCCUCCAGUGAACCUCCAGGACCCUCUGGAAUACGACCUUCUGAGCCUCUGGACGGUAGAACCGGGAUUGGCGACGUUGAGCACGCCCAGGCGGGAAAUGGAGGAUUCCUGGUUGAUGUUCUGGAAUAUAAAGAAGCACAUCGCUACGGCUCCAAGUGUGAGUUUUGUUAUGUGCAAACCAAAGGUACCGUGUGCUCUAAGCCUCGGACCGAUGCGUGGUUGAAAUGCGAGAUUCUGUUCUUGCUUCAUCAUGCCUAUACGGCUAAUCAGAACAAGAGUAUUGAACUCGCCGAGAGUGCUUUUCGGCGAGCAGGAAUUACCCGACGUAGCAAGGCUACCAUCGCGAAAAGAUGGUCCUUAAUACAGCGAGGUAAAGGCACCGACUAUAAGGAAUACUGGGACGAGUACUUCGAAAAAUUCAGAUACGAGUGCAACCCCACACCUAUAGUACGGCGCAAACGAAACAGGUUAGCCGCUGGGUUACAGUCGCCCAGCAGCGUGCCGAACGGAUAUGAAUUUGAGCGGAAAAGGACUUGUGAAACGCCUCUUGAUACCAAGGCUUCAAGUCUUCCACUAAUCUGUAACUUGCUAACAGGAAUUGUCGGAGUUGAGAAUGUUGAGGAAAAUAUGAGUGUAGAAUGCACUGAGCCGAAAGAGCUAAGUGGAACUGCGAACUCUUCUGUUCCGGGUUUGGCAGAAGGAGUAUAUGAAAGACGACAUAACAAUGUCAACGAGCCAGCGGCUGGGUGUCCCCAAGAUGUCCCAGUCGCAAACAACUUGAUCGAUUCCCCAACUACUAACGAUCGAUUAGAAGCUGAGUUUAAGGCACAGCUGGAUAGAGCGGAACGGUCUUAUAUGAGACGAAGGCUACCUAGGCUGAAGAACCUAUCCCCUGACGAAAGGAUGUGGAUUGGAACAACAGUCGAGCGCCUAAGACUCGAGACUGUGAGCGAACCUGUAUGUGAACAGUGGCGGCUUGCCAACGCUGGGCUAUAUGCAGCUAUCCGGUCAAUCGCGGUAAUGCGCCCCCUGGACGCCGCCCGCGAAGCCCAUAAAACUUGGCUUCUAAAUAUGAAAAUGACGGAAAGGAAACUAAGACAGCAGAUUGGCUGGGUCGAGACGACGCGCCGUACUAAGAACGAGGCACGUACUGAAAGACAAGAAAUUGUCUAUAGAAAAGUGGCCAAACUGCGAAGGGAAAGAUUCCCCGAGAUGGACCUGGACAGUGUGUCAGUCCACCUCAAACGCAAGCUUGAGUUACUUAAAGGGCGGAUUCAAGUGAGAACCGCAGAGAGGUUGCGAAGGGAUACCAGAGAGGCCGCUGGUCCAUAUGGUAAGACUGCUCUUCGGGGUCAAGGGUUUGCCCCGAAUGUAAAAGACGCGACUCAGUACUGGUCUGGAUUGGCCCAGCCAUCCGGACAAAAAUGUUCUGAGAACUCGGCGAUUCUCUCAGAUUGGAAAGAACUCGUCGAGUGUAAUUUAAGCAGCUUGCCGGAUCAGAUGGAGCCGCUGGUAGUCCAAGGCAUAAGUCGGGCUAGUCCAUGGAAAUCUCCUGGACCGGACGGUAUUUUUAACUACUAUUGGCGACAAGACUUUAUUGUGGACUGGUUAAAGCAGCUAAUGCUGGAUUCCUUGAGGACCGGGCACUAUCCGUGGAAACUUUCAAGUGGACGCACGGUGCUCCUGUACAAAGACGGGGAUCCGACCAAAGCCGAGAACUACCGACCUAUCACCUGCCUAAACGGAUGCUUCAAAAUGAUCAACUCGGUUGUUUCUGAAGUUAUCCUGAAACGCGUCGAAAAUACGAUAGCUCUCCCGAUAGAGCAAAUGGCUUUACGACGUAAGGUAUGGGCAUGUGUUGAGUCUCAGAUAUGGGAUCAGAUCAAACAGCGGAAGCUGUCUGAUCGAACACAGAAAUGCAAGGUAGCGUGGGUAGAUUUCUCAAAGGCUUAUGACAGUCUUAACCAUGAUGCUAUAAAGUUCGUCAUAGGAGUUCUAAAGCUUCCGACAGGUAUUAACAACUACCUGCUUGACAGUAUGCAGAAUUGGAGCACGCACCUCGAGCUUAAAAGCUCUGGAAAGGUAGUACGAGGCCCUAGUUACCCGAUUAAAAGGGGCGUUCUUCAAGGCGAUAGUCUAAGCCCAACACUGUUUGUCGUGGUGACCAGUAUAAUAGUACGUCAUAUCAAGACGAUCGAAAGUAGUGAUAUACAAAUGUAUAUGGAUGAUAUCAAGUUGUAUGGCAAAGAUCAGGAAACUCUGACACGGCUAAUAAAAGAGCUGCAGACGGUAUCGAACAAGUUAGGUCUAUGUAUGAACCUUAAGAAAUGCGCAAUUCUCGGCGACGACCUCCCAGAGGAAAUCAACGGGAUUGAGCACCUUAAGGAAUCAUAUAAGUACUUAGGUGUUCCCCAACGGGAAAUCACCCAAGUGCGUGCCACCAUGGCCGCACUUGAAAAGAAAAUACUAACUGAAGUAGAUACUAGUCUUGGAGCAGCCGAACUAAGUUACCGCCAACGGAUAUCGCGUGUUAACUCUAAGAUCGCGCCGUUGGUGAGGUUCGUUGUGCAGAGUAUGCUGGUCACGCCACGCGAUGUGCUUAAAGUGUACAAUAGGCUUGGAGGCAUUGAUGUCGAAAUUCGAAGAAGACUCGUCAAGUACGAGAUCAGAUACAAGAAAAGUAAUGUAGCCCGGCUCUACCUUGAUAGAAAAGUUGGCGGCAUUGGUUUCGUAAACCUCUGCCGGAUAAUGGUCGAGGCGGUUGCAGCCAGAGCUGUCUACUGCAGACUUGCUCCCUCGUUUAAUGAGUUCCAAGACUUCCUUGCAGAACAGAAUACCAGCCCAAUCACUGCUGCACAGACAAUUUUAGAUAAGUGCGGCAUUAAUAUUGAGCUGAGUACAUCUACUCUGGGAGAUGUAAAGAAAAUAGUGCGAAACCACUAUCACGAGCUUUGGCUCACGGCAUGGAAGAACACUGGGCUCUAUAAACGUUGGGAGAACGACCAUGUAGACAUUAAAAGAUCUAGUUUAUGGAUCAAUCGAGGUAACCUAAGUGCGAAUAACGCUCGUAUUGGAAUUGGCAUUCAAGACAACAGUAUCUUUUGUCGAGGCUUUGUUGGGAACAAGUGUGAUACGAAAUAUUGCCGAUUAUGUGGGGAUGGCAUAGAAUCCGUAAGCCAUAUUGUAACUGGUUGUCCGACUCACCGUACAAACCUGUACAUAGAGCGGCAUGACUGUGUUGCAAGAAAUGUUUACGCAUACCUCGCCAUAAGGUAUGGAAUCCCUGUGCCACACUAUACGCAGCGAGUCAAGACAAUAGAGAAAAACGGCGAUCAGUCUGUAGAGCUAUACUGGAAUUACAAGUUCCCAUGCACCCGUGCACUGGAAGCUUGCCGUCCGGAUAUUGUUCUCAUAGAUAAGGUUAGUAAGCGAACUCAUAUAAUUGAGGUGGCUGUCUCAUGGCGGGGACGGUUACAGGAAAUGGUCGAUAGGAAAGUGUACAAGUAUACGGUAAACGGAGAAUACGAAGCCGAUGGCUCUUCCCGUGGGUGGAAUAUCGUCCGUGAACUAAACGAUCAGUACGGCUUUCCUGUCGAGGUAUAUACGCUAGUGAUUGGUGCUGGAGGCGAAAUCCUACCAUGCACGGUUAAAGAUGUAGAACGGCUCACCGGUGGAGCGGCUACUGAUAACCUCAUUGAGCGUAUGGAGCGGAGCGCAGUCCUUGGCUCAUGUCGUAUCAUUAAAAGGCAUCUGGCACUCUAA